AUGGAGAUUGAAUCUAUCACUCAGGAUACACAAGCUACAGUAAAAUUGGGGCUAAACCCUAAAAAUUCAGAUGUGAAUCACUCUGAGCAAGCUUCAGGAUCAGCUAACGUAGUUUCUCCUACGAUAGCUGCUGAAGUUACAAACUCCCCUGACAUGGAUAACGGUAGUAUCCCAGAUCCUCCUAAGGGUGUCACUCCACUGACAAGAGGACACAACAAGGAUUGUCUUUAG